CGGCGCUUGCGAGCCCAUGACAGAACUUUCAACCUGUCUUACCACUAUGCUAAUAAUGCGAUCAAAACAUCCAAAUAUAACAUCUUUACAUUCCUACCACUUAAUCUUUUCGAGCAGUUCAGGAGGCUUGCCAAUAGCUACUUCCUCUUCCUCUUCAUACUUCAGCUUAUCCCACAAAUUGCCUCGCUCUCCUGGUUCACCACAGCUGUCCCUCUAGUUUUGGUGCUCUCUAUAACUGCAGUCAAAGAUGCUACUGAUGACAUUAACCGGCACAAAUGUGACAAACAAGUGAACAACCGCAAAGUGAGCGUCCUUAUUGAUGGAGAACUUCAAAAUGAAAAAUGGAUGAAUGUUCAGGUUGGAGAUGUCAUUAAAUUGGAAAAUAACCAGUUUGUCACAGCAGACCUCCUUCUGCUCUCAAGCAGUGAACCUCUAAAUCUGGUCUAUGUGGAAACAGCAGAACUCGAUGGUGAAACUAAUCUGAAGGUGAAACAGGCACUGUCUGUUACUGGCAAGAUGGGUGACAGCGUUCAAGCAUUGGCCAACUUCACUGGCGAAGUGAGAUGUGAACCCCCAAACAACCGCCUGGACAAAUUUAAAGGGACGCUCACAGUUGAUGGACAAACACACUCAUUGGACAAUGACAAAGUGCUUCUACGUGGAUGCACUUUGAGAAACACAGAGUGGUGCUUUGGACUGGUUAUCUUUGGAGGUCCAGACACAAAACUGAUGCAGAACAGUGGAAAAACAACAUUCAAACGCACAAGUGUUGAUCACCUUAUGAAUGUCUUGGUGCUAUGUAUCUUUGGCUUUCUGGCAUCUAUGUGCUCUGUUCUGACCAUUGGCAAUGCAAUUUGGGAGAUGAAGGAAGGUUCAGCGUUUACUGUGUUUCUCCCUCGGGAACCCGGCAUUGAUGCUUCUCUCUCAUCAUUCCUCUCUUUCUGGUCUUAUGUCAUUGUCCUCAACACUGUGGUGCCUAUAUCUCUCUACGUCAGUGUGGAGAUCAUCCGUCUUGGAAAUAGUUUCUACAUCGACUGGGAUAGGAAAAUGUAUUAUCCAAAGAAGGACACACCUGCUCAGGCAAGGACCACCACUCUGAAUGAAGAGCUGGGUCAGAUAAAAUAUAUAUUCAGUGACAAGACAGGCACGCUAACACAAAACAUUAUGGCGUUUAACAAGUGUUCGAUCAAUGGCAAAAAUUAUGGUGAACUUUUUGACCAUUCAGGUCAUAGGAUGGAAAUAACAGAGAAGACACCAAGGGUCGACUUCUCCUGGAACCGUCUUGCCGAUCCAAAGUUCAUUUUUCAUGACCACAGUUUGGCAGAAACUGUCAGAGAGGGCAACUCGGAGGCUCAUGCCUUCUUCCGUUUGUUGGCUCUGUGUCACACUGUGAUGCCUGAAGAAAAGCAAGAGGGGGACCUUUACUACCAGGCUCAGUCCCCUGAUGAAGGCGCUUUGGUUACUGCUGCGAGAAACUUUGGAUUUGUGUUCCGUUCGCGCACACCAGAGACCAUCACAAUCAUGGAGAUGGGUGAACGAGUCAUCUAUGAACUUUUGGCUGUUUUAGACUUCAAUAAUGUGCGCAAGAGGAUGUCUGUCAUAGUGCGCCACCCUGAAGGGAAGUUUACACUAUACUGCAAAGGAGCAGACACAAUCAUCUACGAAAGGCUCCACUCCUCCUGUAACAAACUAAUGGGCAUCACCACUGGACAUCUGAAUGAGUAUGCAGGUGAUGGUCUUCGCACUUUGGUUCUAGCUUACAAGCAUUUGGAUGAGCAUUAUUUAAAUGAGUGGAUGCAACGUCACCAUGAGGCCAGCACCGCCAUUGAAGGAAGAGAUGAGAAACUUGAUGAACUUUAUGAAGAGAUUGAAAAAGACAUGUUGCUUCUUGGAGCAACAGCUGUAGAAGACAAGUUGCAAGAUGGUGUCCCACAGACAAUUGAGCAGCUGGCCAAAGCUAACAUCAAAAUCUGGGUGUUGACUGGAGAUAAACAGGAGACGGCUGAGAAUAUCGGCUAUUCGUGCAACAUGUUGCGAGAGGAAAUGAAGGACAUUUUCAUUGUGUCAGCAAACACAACAGAAGGAGUGAAGGAAGAGCUAGUAUGUGCUCGGAGGAAAAUGUGUCCAACAGCAGCUGAGGCACCAACAGUGAACAAAACUCGCUCAGGCCUCUUCUGGCUUCAAAAGACAGAAACUGUGGAUGAUGACAAAGUGGAUGGAGAAUAUGCCCUUGUUAUAAAUGGACACAGUCUGGCCUUUGCCCUGGAGAAAGGUUUGGAAUUGGAACUAUUGAGGACAGCAUGCAUGUGCCAAACGGUCAUCUGCUGUAGGGUCACGCCAUUACAAAAAGCCCAGGUUGUUCAACUGGUCAAGAAAUACAAACAGGCUGUCACUCUGGCAAUUGGCGAUGGGGCCAAUGACGUCAGCAUGAUCAAGGCUGCACAUAUCGGUGUUGGUAUCAGUGGUCAGGAGGGCAUGCAAGCCGUUUUGUCCAGCGACUUUUCUUUUGCCCAGUUCCGCUAUCUGCAGCGUCUCCUCUUGGUGCAUGGGCGCUGGUCAUACUUGCGCAUGUGCAAGUUUCUACAAUAUUUCUUUUACAAGAAUUUUACCUUCACCUUCGUGCAUUUCUGGUAUGCCUUCUUCUGCGGCUUCUCUGCACAGACUGUGUAUGACGAGUGGUUCAUCACAAUGUACAACCUGGUGUAUACAGCUCUUCCCGUCCUGGGCAUGAGUCUUUUUGACCAGGAUGUUAAUGAUCGUUGGAGUUUCCAGUAUCCACAGCUGUACUCGCCAGGGCCUCUGAACAUUUACUUCAACAAGAAGGUGUUUAUCCGCUGCAUGAUCCACAGUUGCUACAGCUCCCUCAUCCUCUUCUUCAUCCCAUGGGCGGCUACGCAUGACACCGUCAGAGAUGACGGCAAAGACAUUGCGGAUUAUCAGUCUUUCGCUUUAUUGGCGCAGACGUGUUUGCUUGUUGUGGUCAACAUCCAGCUGUGUUUAGACACACAUUACUGGACAGCUGUGAACCAGUUCUUUGUUUGGGGAAGCCUUGCAGUCUACUUUGCGACCACGUUCACCAUGUAUAGCAACGGCAUGUUCCUCAUCUUCACCUCAACAUUCCCCUUCAUUGGUACAGCGAGGAACUCUCUGAACCAGCCUAACGUGUGGCUAAUUAUACUCUUGACCACACUUCUCUGUAUUGUGCCAGUGGUGGCUUUCCGUUUCUUUGUCAUUCAGCUUCGGCCAACAAUCAAUGACAAGGUGAGAAAUAAGGUGCGUAAGGAGGCUUUACCAACCCCUACUCCUCGUCGUCCGCCAGUGAGGCGAAUCAGCACCAGGCGAUCGGGCUACGCUUUUUCUCACGCUCAAGGCUAUGGAGACCUGGUGACAUCUCGAAGAUUCCUGCUGAAGCGUCCUCUCAAGAGUCGGCCUGCCUUGUUCAAACAAGCAGACUCUCCUCUGGCACCAAACCUGCCACAACACUACCGCACUAUCACAGAAGAGCCAGAGCCACCUAUAGCCCACUUAUGA